AUGGCUUCCAUCAACGUCUCAUGCCCUUCUACAACUCCCCUUUCACGACCUCAGGCAUGCAAAAAUUUUAAAUUGUUCAAUGGGUUGCAUACUCUGAAUCUUUCUCUGUCUAAUGGGAACACGUCUAGUAUAGCCUCGAUCCAGAUGGGUAGUAAAUUUUCAUUCAGUAAUAAGGGGGUUUCUCGAAUUAGAGCUACAAUGGUGUCUGAAGAUGGUGACCUUGUUUAUACUAACGGCAAUGGUGCAGUGACAAAUAGUACUCUCAUUGAUGAUCAGUCAGUUGGGAUUGAGAUACAGCCGGAUGCAGUAGCAUUUGGAACACUUUCAGCAGAUACUGUUCCAACAACUAGUGGUUUUCCAGUUGAUAAUGAUGAAUUUGAUUUGGAUUGCCCCACAAAAGGAUUUGCUUCCAUCCCAGAGGCCAUUGAAGAUAUUCGCCAAGGAAAGAUGGUAGUGGUUGUAGACGACGAGGACAGAGAAAAUGAAGGAGAUCUGAUCAUGGCAGCGCAACUAGCAACACCUGAAGCUAUGGCUUUUAUCGUGAAGCAUAGCACUGGAAUAGUGUGCGUGAGCAUGGAUGGAAAAGAUCUGGAGAGGUUGCAAUUACCUCUAAUGGUAACACAAAAGGAUAAUGAUGAGAAGCUUCGAACAGCGUUCACUGUGACAGUGGAUGCAAAAAAUGGUACAACCACAGGGGUAUCUGCAAGUGAUAGGGCAACAACAGUUUUAGCUCUUGCUUCUAGAGAUUCAAAACCUGAUGAUUUCAACCGCCCAGGUCAUAUAUUUCCACUGAAGUACAGAGAGGGUGGUGUUUUGAAAAGAGCUGGACACACUGAAGCAUCUGUUGAUCUUACCGUGCUAGCUGGAUUGGAUCCCGUUGCUGUUUUGUGUGAGGUUGUUGAUGAUGAUGGUUCAAUGGCUAGAUUACCAAAGCUUCGCCAAUUUGCACAGCGGGAGAAUUUGAAAAUUGUAUCCAUUGCUGAUUUAAUAAGGUAUAGGCGGAAGAGAGACAAAUUAGUUGAUCGUUCUGGUGCUGCAAGGAUACCUACAAUGUGGGGACCAUUCACAGCCCACUGUUAUAGAUCCAUCUUAGAUGGGAUUGAACAUAUUGCAAUGGUUAAGGGUGACAUUGGGGGCGGACAAGAUGUUCUAGUGAGAGUACAUUCAGAAUGCCUCACAGGAGAUAUAUUUGGAUCGGCCCGAUGUGACUGUGGGAAACAGCUCGCACUUGCAAUGCGGCAGAUUGAGGCUAACGGCAGGGGUGUCCUGGUGUAUCUACGUGGUCAUGAAGGAAGGGGCAUCGGUUUGGGUCACAAGCUUCGUGCUUAUAACCUACAGGAUGCUGGACGUGAUACAGUUGAAGCCAAUGAGGAUUUGGGGUUGCCUGUUGACUCACGAGAAUAUGGCAUUGGUGCCCAGAUACUAAGGGACCUUGGUGUUCGAACAAUGAAGCUGAUGACAAACAACCCUUCCAAGUAUGUUGGGCUAAGGGGUUAUGGUUUAACAGUUUCGGGCAGAAUACCAUUAGUAACUCCCAUUACUAAGGAGAACAAGAGGUAUUUAGAGACUAAACGUGCUAAAAUGGGUCACAUCUAUGGGUCGGAAUUUAGUGGCCCCUUGAGUAGUCUUAUUAUUGGCAAUGGGAAACAGAAUGUUGAUUCCACAACUGAUGUCAUUUCAAGCUCAUAA